UUCCCCGAGCUCCACAGAAGACACUUGUCACAGGGGAGGGGGCAGAGCGCACAGCGCCGAGCACCGGCCGGACACCCGCUAUAUAACGAGCUGCCAGGACACCCCGAGUCACAGCAACAGCACCAGGGCUGGGACCAUCCGCCUCCCCAGCCCAGCAGCACCCACUGAGACCACCAUUCCCAGGCAGGAGACCCCCCAGAUUAAUCAGCCGCUCGAUGGGGAUUAACAGCGGAUCUCCUUUUUGCGACGCCUUUACAAACUGCAAUACCAAGACCAUUAAUUUUACCACCUCCUCUAUAGAAAGUAUGAAACUGGUAUUAACUGAAUGGCGAUUAUGGAUUUUUAACUCUAAUUCACAGUAAACCACUAAGCCAUAUGAUUGAAUUAGCACCAAAAAACGUUCUGUUGUACAGCGCGUAUCCGGAGCCCGGCAGAAAACUCCGCGCGAGAACCAAGGAAUACAAGUAUUAGUUGCAUGAGGAACGAGACAGAGCGGAGAAAAAAAGAAAAGAAAACCUUAUUUAUCUUUGGAGAAAUAUAGUAUUAAUAUUUAUAUAGAAUCUUUAAGAAUAUAUAUAUAUUUUUUGUGUGCGGUGAUGAAGAUGGCGCCUCAGAAUGCCGACCCGGAAUCUAUGCAAGUACAGGAGGUCCCUUUGGCCCGGCUGAAGAAGGACGAGGCGCGGGAGAGCGAAAGCAGAGACGAGACGAUCAGCGAGGGCUCCAUCGAUAAGAUCCCCGUCCGCCUUUGGGUGAUGAACGGCGCCGUUAUGUUCGGCAGAGAGUUCUGCUACGCCAUGGAGACCGCGCUGGUGACGCCGGUUUUGCUGCAAAUUGGUCUUCCUGAACAGUACUACAGCCUGACGUGGUUCCUGAGUCCAAUUCUUGGCCUGAUCUUCACUCCUCUCAUAGGAUCAGCCAGUGACCGCUGCACGCUACGAUGGGGCCGCAGGCGGCCUUUUAUCCUCGCCCUGUGCGUUGGCGUUCUGCUGGGAGUUGCACUUUUCCUCAAUGGUUCAGUUAUCGGUCUCGCCAUCGGGGAUGUUCCGGACAGGCAGCCGAUCGGUAUCGUUCUGACAGUGCUGGGAGUGGUGGUGUUGGAUUUUAGUGCUGAUGCGACCGAGGGCCCGAUCCGGGCCUACUUACUGGAUGUAGCAGACACUGAAGAACAGGACAUGGCUCUUAAUAUCCACGCCUUUUCAGCCGGGUUUGGCGGGGCGGUCGGUUACAUGCUCGGCGGAUUGGACUGGACGCAGACGUUUUUCGGAAGCAUGUUCAAAUCUCAAGAGCAAGUGCUUUUCUUUUUCGCGGCCAUCAUUUUUUCGGUGUCCGUCGUCCUUCACCUCUUCAGCAUCGAAGAAGAACAGUACAGUCCUCAGCAGGACCGCCUCGAGGACGAAGGAGACACCCUUUCCAGCGUCAAACUAAACAGCACCAUCGCGCCCAUGUCCCGGCUGAACGUCAUCAACGAAGAGGAGCCUUACUUUAACUUUCCGGAUGACGUUCAGUCGGAGAACGACCUGAACCUGGACUUCCUCGAGGUGGACAUCGUGAGGAGUAAAAGCGACUCUGUCCUGCACAUGCCCGACGCGACCUUAGAUUACGAAUCCGAGCUGCUAUUCCUGAGCGAGAUCGAACCCUCCAUCUUUCAGGACGGUUCCUACCCAAACACCCCGCGUAGCACCAGCCAGGAACUCAUGAGGUCAAAGUUUAACCGCCUUUCCGCGUUCCUCAGGGAGAGUGAGCGAGAAGAGGAGAUGUUACUAGAUAAUCACAUCAACGAAGCCAAAGUCCCCAAUGGCAGCGACGCGCUGCCCAAGGAGAGCAUGAACGGGCACGCGGCGAUGGGCAUGAAGCAGUCGUGCACGGCAAACUCCAUGCGUCGGAAGAGACACAUGUUCUACCGCCAGCCGUCCUACACCUUCUCCUACUACGGCAAAGUCGGCUCCCACCGCUACCGCUUCCGGAGAGCCAACGCCAUCCUCCUGAUAAAGUCGUCGCGCAGCAUGAACGACAUCUACGACAUGCAGAAGAGGCAGCGCCAGAGGCAGCGCCACCGGAACCAGAGCGGGGCCACCAACUCCAGCGGCGACACGGAGAGCGAGGAAGGGGAGACGGAGACCACCGUCAGGCUUCUGUGGCUUUCUAUGUUGAAGAUGCCCAAGGAGCUCAUGCGCCUCUGCGUCUGCCACCUGUUAACGUGGUUCUCCAUCAUCGCCGAGGCCGUGUUCUACACGGACUUCAUGGGGCAAGUCAUAUUCGAAGGCGACCCUAAGGCUCUCUUUAACUCCACGGAACUGCAUAACUAUAACGCGGGGGUCCAGAUGGGAUGCUGGGGGCUCGUGAUUUAUGCUGCUACGGCUGCAAUUUGCUCAGCCUUAUUACAGAAAUACCUGGAUAACUAUGACCUCAGCAUCAAGGUGAUCUACAUCCUGGGAACCCUAGGAUUCUCCAUCGGAACGGCGGUGAUGUCCAUCUUCCCGAACGUGUACGUCUCCAUGAUCAUGAUCAGCACCAUGGGAAUCGUCUCCAUGAGUAUCUCGUACUGCCCCUACGCGCUUCUCGGGCAGUACCAUGAGAUUAAGGAGUACAUCCAUCACAGUCCUGGCAACUCUAAGCGCGGCUUCGGCAUAGACUGCGCCAUCCUCUCCUGCCAGGUGUACAUCUCCCAGAUCUUGGUGGCCUCGGCCCUGGGCGGCGUGGUCGAUGCUGUUGGCACGGUCAGAGUCAUACCCCUGGUGGCGUCCAUAGGAUCGUUCUUGGGAUUUCUCACCGCGGCGUUCUUGGUCAUCUACCCCCAAGUUCCAGAAGACACGAAAGAGGACCCCAAACGACAGAAGCCCCCAGAAGAAGCGAUCGCGGGUGAAACGGACUCGGAGAAACCCACCGUUUUAAAGCUGUCUCCUAAAGGGGCAUCGGCUUCGGGGGAGGUGGAGACCGAAUCGGCCGUUUGAGCCCCCGAUCGACUCUUUUAACACAUUCCAUGGCGGAGUACAUCGCGGGAGGAUAGGUCGGAGACAAUAGCCAUGAGUAAUUCCAGGAUUUAAAAAAGCAGGUUUGGGGCUAAAAAAUAAAAAAAUAGCUUUUUUUCCUACAAUUCUUCUUUCAGUUAAACUGAUUUGAUUAUAAAAAAACAAAACAAAAAGAAAGGUUUAAGCGAAAACCAACUUAGUUUCCCUAUAGAAUUUCUACGACUCGGAAGAUGCUUUUUCUGCAUGUUUUCUCUUAAAAAAAAAUAAAGAGACUAAAG